UUAGGUAAAACACAAACAAACACAACAAAAAGCUUGCCAAAAGUGCGGCGUCUCUUCGUUUAUUUUCCUUGAUUUGCAGGAAAAAAUGUGCUAAAAUUUAGAAAAUACAGUGAAUCAUCGUGCUAAGAAAAUAUACAAUUAAAACUGUAGAUAUUAGUUAUAUCGGGUAGCUAUUUACCUGAUUGCAGCAGAGUCAACUGAGUAACAAACAUGGAAACACCGCUGAAGAACAAAGUGCUGAUCAAACUGCAGCAGCCGGAUGGCUUUAUGACCCCGGCGGCCAGUUCCUCCGCCCUAGGAACCAGUGAUCGUUCCAGCCGGCAUAUGACCAGCGUGACCAAGCUGCCGUCGUCACCAUUCCUGACGAAGCUUGGCUUCGGAACGGGUGUGGAAGUACUCCGAAUAAAGAGAUCCCCCUCGAAGAACUCGACCCGCUCGCCGUGGGCCAUCAAGAUGCUAUCGCGACGGAACGAUCCGGAAAACGCUAAACUGUUCGGAGAUCGCCUGACGGAGGAAGCCGGUAUUCUGAAAAAGUUGGAUCACCCGAACAUCGUCGGCUAUCGCGGUUUUGACUCUCUGGAAGCCGGAAAGGAAUACAUCGCGAUGGAGUACUGCAACACUUCGCUGGGGGAUUUGCUGCAGACGCGAUACGACGAAGGGCGGCCAUCGCUGGAGGCCGCUAAGAUUCAGCGUAUGUCGCUGGACAUUUUGAAUGCCUUGGACUACCUGCAUACGGAUGCGCUGAUUCUACAUGGCGAUUUGAAAUCCUUCAACAUCCUGGUGAAGAAUGACUUCGAGGCUUGCAAGCUGUGUGAUUUCGGUGUCAGUUUGCCGUUGACGAACGAGGGUUUCCUCGACACAGAAAAAAAGAAAGACGCUCAGUACGUGGGCACGGGGAUUUGGUCCGCCCCGGAAGUGCUGGAAGAAGAUGUCACUCUGAUCAGCUCCAAGGCGGACAUUUUUAGUUUUGGACUGGUGAUUUACGAAACGAUCGCUUUGGUACCGCCGCACACCUUCCCGGGAAUGAUGGACGAAAGCAUUGCCAGUUCGGCAGACUACGCAGUCAUGAAAUCAAUAAUCCGUGGGAACUCCACAGGUAAGUCUACCAACCGGAAGUUGGAUGUCAGCGAUGUGAUCGUUCUGGAUGAAGAAACCGAAGACGAGAAGGAUACUUCAGUGGCCGGUUCGGGCAAAAAAAGAAAGAUUCUCAAACCCCUUGUGGGUGCGCAACCAGCGAAGAAACUGGUAACGGAACCGGAUUCUACGACGGACAAACAAGUAAUAACCGUGGCAGAUGACAGUAUUACGACGGUGAAUGAUAGUGCGACCACCGUCGAGGACGAAGAGGGUGAUGAGGAGGGCGAUGAAGAGGAGGAAGCGAUCGAAGAUGAAGAAGAAGAGGAAUAUGAUGAGGACGAAGAGGGCGAUUACCUGGAUUAUGGCAGAUUGGGAACGCGACCAGCCAUUCCCGAUGGUAUCAGUCUCUCCGAGGAGUACAAUUUUAUUCUGGAGAUGUUUUUCGUCUGUACGCAGGAGGACUAUGAGGCAAGACCUUCGGCAAAGACACUGCUCGACGCUUGGCAUAAGAAAACGGGAAAUGGGGAACGGGUGGCAGCGACUGAUGCUAAAGAUCUGAACAAAGCGGACGAGAAUAAGAAUGAGACGACGAAGGAGCAGUAAGGUAUGGCAUUAUUGUGGGAGUUUGUUAGCGAGUAAUUUCAAAAAUCAAGUUUCCAACGUUUACCCACAUGAAGUGGUUAGAAUAUAUUUUCGACAGUUCUGGACAUUAUUGAAAUAA